UUUCACAUAACGUACAUAAACGGGCUUUAGUGUAAUCUACAAGCGUCUUCGUUAAACAGAUGCACAAAAAAUAGAGAAAUGCAAAAAUAUGAAAAACUGGAGAAGAUCGGGGAAGGAACGUAUGGAACAGUGUUUAAAGCCAAGAAUCGAGAGUCUCAGGAAAUUGUAGCCUUAAAGAGAGUGCGUCUUGAUGAUGAUGAUGAGGGUGUACCAAGUUCAGCUUUACGAGAAAUUUGUUUGUUAAAGGAACUCAAACACAGAAAUAUUGUCAGAUUGCAUGAUGUGUUACACAGCGACAAGAAAUUGACUUGGUAUUGAAUAUGCGAUCAGAUCUCAGAAAUAUUUUGACAUUAAGGUGAGAUCGACAGAUACACUGUAUCAUUAUUUAUGUACCAGCUGUUACGAGGUCUGGCUUUCUGUCACAGUAACAAUGUUCUACACAGAGACCUUAAACCACAGAACCUGCUCAUAAACAAGAGUGGAGAAUUAAAAUUGGCAGACUUUGGUUUGGCAAGGGCUUUUGGUAUUCCAGUUAGAUUUUAUUCAGCAGAGGUAGUAACACUGUGGUACAGACCCCCAGAUGUGCUGUUUGGAGCCAAGAUGUAUUCUACUUCUAUAGAUAUGUGGUCUGCAGGCUGUAUAUUUGCUGAAAUGGCAAAUGCUGGAAGACCAUUGUUUCCAGGAAAUGAUGUUGAGGACCAACUGAAGAGGAUUUUUAAAUUACUGGGUACACCUACUGAAGACACUUGGCCUAAUAUCACACACCUUCCAGAUUAUAAACAAUAUCCCAUGUAUCAUGUGAGCACAACGUGGCAACAAGUGGUACCCAGACUGAAUAUCAAAGGUAGAGAUCUAUUACAGAGAUUAUUGGUGUGCAAUCCCGUUGGCAGACUAUCAGCAGAGGAAGGAUUACAGCAUGGAUAUUUCAGUGAUCUUAGUCCAUCAAUCAAGUUUCCUACUGAUCCUUUCUGAGUGAACAUUCCAAACUCCAAGGACAAAGCCAUCUUAGUUGUUGUAAAUUGUGGUUUUAUAUUGUGCCAUUCAUUUUCAAAUCUACUGUCAGAGGUAGAAACACCUAUUCUUACCAGUUUCUUAAAGUCAUCUGAAAGCAUGUACCAUCAUGUGAAUCUAAGAGCACCAAGUUCAUUGAUACACUAACAGUAUGGUAGAGGUAUACAGGCUACAUGAUGGUAAUGGUAUGGUGAGGCUUACAGAAGAACUUGAAGUGUAGCAGAAGAUUCCACAACUGGAUAUGGAUUUGCUGAUGUUGAAGAAUUUUAAGACUUUUCAAAAUUUACUUUUUUCUGGAUUAUAGUAUUAUUGUAUUAGAAGGAUUCCAUUUGAAUAGAGGGGGAAGUAAAAUCAUUUAAUAAGUUUUGGAGUUAGUGAACUGUGAGCACAGCUAUCCUGGAAUCUGAGAUUCAGUUCUAAAAUAACUUUUCAGUUUGAGAAUGAUUGUAAGCCAGGCAUUUACACAAAUUUUACAUUAGACAUUUUAAUUUUUAAAAGUGAAGAUGAAUUUUAUUAUAUUUGUACUUCAGUAUUCAGAUGUCUCAAAUUUAUUUCUACAGAUAUAUUAAGAUUAACUUAUAAUACUGUUAAUACAUUAAAGAGGUUUUAAUAGAUAUGCUGUUGUUUAUAAGCCAUCACAGAAGUGAGCCGCACCAUGAGAAAUUUGCGACCAGCAUGGAUCCUGACCAGCCUGCGCAUCCGCGUAGUCUGGUCAGGAUCCAUGCUGUUCGCUUUCAAAGCCUAUUGUAAUUAGAGAAACUGUUAGCGAACAGCAUGGAUCCUGAAAAGACUGCGCUGAUGUGCAGGCUGGUCUGGAUCCAUGCUGGUCGCAAAGCCACUAUAUUGAUUUUCCCAUGGCACGGCUCAAAUGGAGAAGUUUUAGGCACUUAUGCUUUUUAAUGAUGUUUGUGCAAUAUUUACAUGUGAAUUAAAUCAAGAGGUGAUAUCAAAAUGCCCUUGCUUUUGUUUUUGUGUAUGACUUACUGUAGUAUGAUUAGACAGAUACAUCAAACUGUUGUGUGCUGUCCUAUGAUAGAGCGUCUUACAAGAGUGUAUUUUUAUGGCCCCCUUCGAAGAAGGAGGGGUAUAUUGUUUUGCAGAUGUCGGUCUGUCUGUCUGUCUGUCAUUCGGUCGGUCUGUAUGUAGACCAAUCCGUUUCCGGAUGAUAACUCAAGAACGCUUUGGCCUAGGAUCAUGAAAGUUGAUAGGAAGGUUGGUCAUCACCUGCAGAUGACCCCUAUUGAUUUUGAGAUCUGUAUGUCAAAGGUCAAGGUCACAGUGACUCUGAACAGUUAAACGGUUUCCGGAUGAUAACUCAAGAAUGCUUGGGCCUAGGAUCAUGAAAGUUGAUAUGGAGGUUGGUCAUGACCAGCAGAUGACCCCUAUUGAUUUUUAGGUCAGUAUGUCAAAGUUCAAGGUCAAAGUGACCCGGAACAGUUAAACGGUUUCUGGAUGAUAACUCAAGAUUGCUUGGGCCUAGGAUCGUGAAAGUUGACAGGGAGGUUGGUCAUGACAGCAGAUGACCUCUAUUGAUUUUGAGGUCAGUAGGUUAAAGGUCAAAGUCACAGUGACCAGGAACAGUAAAACGGUUUCCGGGCGAUAACUCAAGAAUGCUUGGGCCUAGAAUCAGGAAAAUUGAUAGGGAGAUUGAUCAUGACCAGCAGAUGACCCCUAUUGAUUUUGAGGUCAUUUGGUCAAAGUUCAAGGUCACAUUGGCCAGGAACAUUUAAAUGGUUUCUGGACGAUAACUUGAGAACGCUUGGGCCAAGGGUCAUGAAAGAUGAUAGAAAGGUUCAUCAUGACCAGUAGAUGACCCCUAUUGAUUUUAAGGUCAGUAGGUCAAAGGUCAAGGUUGCAGUGACCCGGAACAUUUAAACUGUUUCCAGACAAUAACUUGAGAACACUUGGGCAAAGGAUCAUGAAACAUGAUAGGGAGGUUGGUCAUGACCUGUAGAUGGCCCCUAUAGAUUUUGAGGUCUGUAGGCUAAAGGUCAAGGUCACAUUGACCAGGAACAGUUAAACCCUUUCUGGACGAUACCUUGAGAACGCUUGGGCCUAGGAUCACUAAACUUAAUAGGUAGGUUGAUCAUGACCAGCAGAUGACCCCUAUUGGUUUUGAGGUCAAUAGGUCAAAGGUCAAUGUCACAUUGAACCAGAACAGUAGAAUUUUGUUUACAGUGAGCAAAUAAUUUCUGUUCCUUGUGCAAUUACUGAAUGCAUCAAGGGGGGCAUUUCGUGUUGGACAAGGUCUUGUAGUAUUAAGUUUAUUAACCUUUACCCUGCUAAAUUUCUAUAAUGGACUGGUCCAUCAUUCAAUUCGGGCAAUACCAUUCAUUAUUCGAACGGAUGUUUGCUGACAAUUUACUGACUGAAAAGCGAAAAGUGCAGACCAUGAUUAGCCUGCACAGAUGUGCAGGCUGAUCUUGGUCUGCACUGGUCGCAAAGGCAUAAUCACUUGCUGGCAGCAGGCUAAAGGUUGAAUGAGUUGCUGUUCAUUUUAUCAUUUUUAUUCCUUUUAAUAAAUUCAGUGUGAAAGAACACAAAUGUAAGAUUCUUUUUAUCACAUGUUAGCUUUUUAUGCUGAAAUAUUUUAAUUUUUUCUUAUAUACCUAUUUUAGACUAAAUUCAAUUCAAAUAAUGUCUUCUUUACUUGAAGCGAUCUCAACAUAAAAAUGUUAUUACACUAGCUAAACACCAGAAUUAUAAAAUAGCUUUCUUUUACUCCUACAACUUCAAAGGUGAUAAAAUUAAUUAUUAUACCUACUCUACCAUUAACACAGCUUGUAUUUAACCAAUAAAUACAAAAUGACAAAAAUCAAAAUCUGUAUUGCACUAGGUGGAAAUCCAGCUUCAAAAAGACUAGAUGGAGGUCUAUAAUAAUUAUAACAGUAUACAUGUAUU